AGGAUCAUGUUUGUAACUUUUCCCCUCUUAAUUAAUGGAAACUUUCAGACAUAAUUCCUUUCUUACCCUUUGUCUCUAUUUGUCUCCGAUUGUUCGCCGGGAUUCGAUCCCUUCGCCAUUUCCAAUAAAUACGCAAUAGAAACGAAAAGAAAUAUUGUACCUUUGUACUGUGAAUCAAUGGCGAGUAGAGUGCUGACGGUGGCCCAAGAUGGCUCCGGCGACUACAUAACGGUGCAAGAAGCAAUAGACGCAGUGCCGCUCAGCAACACUUGCCGUACAGUGAUCCGUGUAGCUCCUGGAAUAUACAAGCAACCAAUUUAUGUACCCAAAACAAAGAAUUUCAUCACUCUUGCUGGUUUAACACCUGAGGAAACUGUUCUUACCUGGAAUAAUUCCGCCACCACAAUUGAUCAUCACCAGGCUUCUAGAGUAAUUGGAACUGGGACUUUUGGAUGUGGGAGUGUGAUCGUUGAAGGGGAGGAUUUUAUUGCUGAGAAUCUUACUUUUGAGAACUCUUCUCCUGAGGGUUCAGGUCAAGCUGUGGCAAUCAGGGUGACAGCUGAUAGGUGUGCGUUCUAUAAUUGUAGGUUUCUCGGGUGGCAGGAUACACUAUAUUUGCACUAUGGAAAACAGUAUCUGAAGGAUUGCUAUAUUGAAGGAAGUGUGGAUUUCAUUUUUGGUAACAGCACUGCGCUCCUGGAACAUUGUCAUAUCCACUGCAAGUCAGCUGGUUAUAUCACUGCACAGAGCAGAAAAUCUUCUCAGGAGUCAACCGGUUAUGUGUUCUUGAGAUGUGUGAUCACUGGUAAUGGAGGGAAUUCAUAUGCAUAUCUCGGUCGUCCAUGGGGACCCUUCGGAAGGGUGGUCUUUGCAUACACAUAUAUGGAUCAAUGCGUCAAGCAUGUGGGCUGGAAUAACUGGGGCAAAGCUGAGAAUGAGAGAAGUGCUUGCUUUUAUGAGUACAGGUGUUAUGGACCUGGCAGCUGCCCGUCAAAACGCGCGACAUGGUCCAGAGAACUGAUUGACGAAGAAGCAGAACAAUUCGUCGCUCAUUAUUUUAUUGACCCUGAUCAACAAAGACCGUGGCUUGCCCAAAGAAUGGCCCUGCGGAUACCACAUUCCGCAUAGAAGUUACAACCUUUGUUAACGUGAUCGAGCGCCCAUAGAGCAAGAUGCUAGCCUCAGGUGGAAGAUUUCGGCAAAUAAUCAGAGAAUUGAAGUAUGCCAUACACAACAAAUAAAAAUGUCUUAUGGGUACUACUUUUGUCCCAGCUAGUGAGAUUUUGUUUUCUGUGUGACUGCAGUUAAAUUUCUAUCUGUUGAAAGACUAAAAGUUUUAGAUAAUGCACUGGUGUAUCAUUAGCUUGAGCAAUUUUCUUAUUGAUUUUAGAUAAUGCACUGGUGUAUAAUUGCACAAGUUUAUUACUUGAUUCUACUUUUUAAAAGAGCACCUUGAUCAUAAUAGGUAUCAAAUUGUCAA